AUGCCUAAGCGGAAGACGGCAAGUCAGACCCAGGCUCAGCCACGGAAACGAGCAGGGAGACGAGAGCCUCGUCUGGAGACAAUUUCCGAAGUUCCUCCGUCGGCGAGCAUCACGGACGGAACAGUCCAGCCUAUCAAUUGCCCUUCUGAUGUACAGGCUACUGCACCCACGAUAAUGCCUACCAACGUUAUGCCACCCUACCAACUUCAGGAUCUGGCUCAACGCAUUUCCACAAUUUUGUCUGAGCGAGAAGACCCAGCCCAACCUCAGGGGACAGAAGGUAUUCCUUCAUCCAAUGCGAACAUAAGAGUUUCUAGUUAUGAUAAUGAUUUGGGGCAUAAUGUAUCCAACAAUAUUAAACUCAAAAUUGCCAAUGGCGAAUAUGUUAAUUUAGCUUCAUUAAUCAACAAUAAGCUCGAAACUGACCCCCAUGAUGAUACUAGAUAUUUCUCACUGCAAAAUGGCAAUUUGGCUUUAUCAUCAAAAUCUAAAUUAAAACCCAUUACUGACGUCCAAAUGUGGACAGAUGCAUUUCUUGUCUAUGCAGCCAUUUAUGUGCUGGCUCGCCCAAUGGAAAACGCUGCUCUGUUUAAAUAUAUCCACACAAUACGUCUCGGGGCAAGCCGGGUUAAUGGCCUGGGUUGGCGGGACUAUGACAUUCAAUUCAGAUUGAAGAAAGAGUGCAACCCUUCAAUGUCAUUUGCGUCAGUUGAUCAGGAGCUUUGGCUCCUUUACAUGUAUAACAAUGCCCUUCACCGACAGCCUGCUAUUCAGCCAUCCCAACCCUUAAAGUGUUAUGAUUUCAACUACAAGGGUUAUUGUUCAAGGCAAAACUGCCAAUAUAGGCACUGGUGCAUUUUAUGUUCACAACCCCAUCCCUUUACAAUGUGUAGAACCACUACUAGAAAUUCAUUAAAUUUUAGAUCUGGGAACUCUCAGUCAACCUGGCGUGCUCAAUCAACAGUCAAGCCAGCUACUAGCAGUUUCAGAACCCCCUCCUCAACACCAGUUAGACAUCAGUAG